GGACAGCACCGGCAUCCUGGCGAUCCUGUCAAUGAUCAAGGAGGACGACAUACUGCGCGACAUAGCCAGCGCCGACGCAGCCGAGCUGAAGGCAAAGGAGACGCGUACGACGCGCUCGCGGCCGACCUCAACGCGGAUCGGGAAAGUUUCCCGCGAGGAGGACAUCACAACCAUGAGCCAAGAAAAGGCCGGUAAGCUGGGCGAGCACACCGACACAGAGUCUGCCCGGGCCACGUCGAAGUCCGGGCUCGACGUGACGCUCAAGAUGAUAGCAGAUUUGGAGCCCACAUGCAACUACUUCACCGUCAACUUCCCGGUGCGCGUGAAGAAUCGCCAGAUCGAGACCGACGGCCUCGAGAAGGCGAAGGCUAUCCUGAAGGGCGCGGUGUUCCCAGAGGAGACGGCGAGUCUCUGCUGGCGAGCUCCGCGGGCGUCCGGCCGAAGGAGCCCCUGCCGCCGCCGGCGCAGGACCGCAGCGCCGCCGUGAGGUCGCACGCGUGAGCGCCCCGGCCGGGCCCCGCCUCCCGCGCGGGACGGCCGCUCCCCCGACGCCGGGGCGCGCCCCCCAAAAAGGGGGGGAGCCCGCCUCCUGUCUGUUCCUCCCUCCGCUGUCCUCUCGUUGCCUCCCUCUCCCCCCCUCCUGCUUGCGCAAUCUAGACCGUAGCCCGCUAGCUACGACUCUCGGACGGCGCCCGGCGUUCCCAG